AGUCAGUUCAGCUCGACCGAGUCUGAGGCUACACGUGCUUGUGUGCAGCUCGUGUCUCAGCUUUUCGUUUCAAUUCCAUUUGUUCGAUUACCAUUUUUAUGUGUGUGUCUGUGUGUGUGUCUGUGUGUUUUUUGAAACUCGUGUGUGGCUCACUCUAUUUUCCCUUUUUUUAAAAAAACCGAACUGUGAUUAGCAACGUGCAAUUAACCCUGACUGCAACGUGGAACCAGCCCCACUAAAUUCCAAGUGCUAGUGAUCUCUCUCUUUUUGCUGUUCUUUUAUUUUUUAAACUUUUUCUAUUUCUUUUGUGAUUUUCCAAUUUUUGAAUUGGACGUCUAUUUGUUGGGGUGUUCGACGACUGCCAUAAGCAGCUGUUUAUUGCCUGAUCGCAACUGGAAUUUCGCACAAUCAAUCACUAAGAACUGGCGCCCCCCGUCUCCACGUUCGUUUUUCAUCUUUGGAAAGUUUUGACGUUCACUUGACUUUUACAUGGCCGUUCAAUCACAACAGACUGGCCAAGCUUAAACUACGUCUGAUUCAGUUCCAUUUGUUGGUCUCGUUGUUAUUGGAUCGUUUUUGAUUGGCACUGAUCAACAUGAAGGCACCAGCAGUGCCAUGGCAAAGUGCUCGUUUGCCAUGUUUCACAUGUUAAAAGGCCAUUACGUCCAAAACGCCGAAAGAAAUUUCAAAAACGAAUCGAACGCGUUUCAUUGGCUGAAUAGAUCAGACGUAAAAGGCCCGUGUACCCAAUACGUCUGACAGACAAAACUCGUGUGAUAUUCAAUCAUAUUUUUUUUUUUAUUUUGGAAAAAAAAAUAAAAAAUGCCUUCUGAAACGAAAAGGAUUGGAUUACCGCCCGCCAGAGCGUCUCUGCCCUCGUCGUUUCGCAGUGUCGAUUUCGGCAGUUCAGUGCGGAAGUUGAUUGGAUCGAAAACCAGUUCGCCGGCGGCGCACGACGUUUCUCAACUUGUCAACGGAUCAUCGGCAACGCCGCCGCCUAGACCGUCUGCGGCCUCGAGUAAAUUGAGCGGCUACUUUCAACGCUCGUCGUCGGCCUCAUCGUCGGCGUUGCGGCGCACCAAUCACCCGCCGUUGAGCAGCAGUUUGAGCGGCAGCAGCGUCGCAUUGAACGGCCGCCUGAAUCAGCCAUCAGCGCCACCGCCGUCGGUGCUGCCCAGCGAUUUGUGUCCCAGUUGCCUGAUGCCUUUCGACAAGAACCGCAAGCGGCGAUUGAUCGAUUCCUGCGGCCACGAGCGCUGCUACGCCUGCCUCUUCUCCAGUGAACUUUGCCCCCUCUGCUCGCCAGGCCAUCCACCAGGUAAGAAAUUAGUGGGCGGCAAUCAGCAUGGCCGUCUGGCGCUGUUGAAAUCGAGGACGGUUGGCAGCAGCCACGAGUUGAAUGUUAAACAUGACGCAACUAACUGCAACGCGGACGCCCUCGCAGCAUCGGCCGCUGCAACUGGCCAUCAUUCGUCGUUCAUUCUUCAUCAGCGAGAUCACGAUGCGUCGUCGCCGCCGCCUCCACUCCGUUCCAAAGUCAAAACCAACGGACAUUUGAUCCCUUACAUGCAACAAAAACAACAGCAGCAGCAGCAGAUUUACUCUGAAACGAGAAACGCAUCAGACAGAGUGACCGGUUUGCCUCCGGCGCUAGGCACUUCCUGCCGUUCUCCGACUCCCGCAACAGCCGUCACUUCGCCAUUUGUACGCCGUAAAGCGAUGCCUUCUAGUCCCUCCGUAUCUCCGCGUUCCAGCCGCUCCAUGUGGAGCUCACGACGGCUGGUCCGUCACGUUCACGGCAGUUCGCCGUCUCCGGCCCGCUCUUGCGCCGCCACCGACUCUUGCGACCAGCAACCACCGGAACAGCAGUCCGUCUACGGACAGUGUUCGUCGAGGAGACGUCGUCCGUCUCCUUCGGCCGGCAGCGAGAUGAUGAGCCGUUUGGGCUUACUGUUCGGAGCCGAGGCGCGAAAUUCGCGCAGCCCAUCCAGCGGACGCGGAAGCGCUACGCUAAUGAGCGCCCGCAGUCAGGACUCGUCGUCGUCGAUGAAAAGUCUGGAUGUUCCAGCCAACCGGGUCACCUCUUCCAACGCCAGUCCCGUCUCUACGCUCACCGGAUCGUCCGAAGCCGAAAUGCAAUCUCAAGCUUUGAGGGAGGUGCAUGACCAUUCAUCCGAUAGCUUGGGAUCGUCGCUGUCCAUGUCGCUAGGUGGCCGAAGCGCUUCCGUUUCUCCCGGUCCGUGCUUUGCAGCGUCACGACGACACUCUUUAACUGUUUCUCAAGCGGCGCACCAAGCAGACGAUUCGCAAAUGUUUGGCCAGAGACAGGCCGUCAUGCGCCGAUCCGCCCGCAACGGAACGGUCCUCGGCCCAAUCGAUCCCAAAAUUCGAUUCGCCCAAUUCCGGCCUCCGCUGUUGGCGCUCAAACCGCUUUUCUUCCAGGUGCCACAACAAGAAAGCGCCGAAUCGCAAUUCUUUUGGGGCCGGUCUUGGAUUUUCCGCGACAUGGCCUCGCAAUUGCUUCCGGCCUCGUCGUCCGGACAGCAAUCGGAAACGGCCGGUGCGAAUCGACGGGGUGUCAUCAUCAGUGGCGCCACUGGUAGCGGCAAGACGUGCGUAGCUCUUCAACUGGUCGAGUACAGCUGCUUCGGUCGAUCUCGCAUUCCCAUCGCGUCCGCUGCCAAUCGAGUGGAAUGUAUUUACGAAAACCCUUACUCUUCUACUUCCGGCGAAUCCGUUUACGGCCGUUCUCACACUCCGCUUCCGCCGGCUGCCGAAACGAUUCAAGCGCUGGCCACCAGAGUUGUGGCCUACCACUUUUGCCAGGCUGAUAAUAGUAGCACGUGUCUGGUUGCGGAUUUCGUCCAUUCAAUUGCUGCCCAGCUGUGCCAAGCGCCUCAAUUGGUGGCCUUUAGGCAAUUGCUCUUGUCCGAUCCUCACCUUCAAUCGUUGCUCAGCUUGAAGGAGUGCGUCGCCAAUCCGCACAGCUCGUUCGUCAACGGCAUUCUGGAGCCGUUGUCGUCUUUGAAACGGUCCGGCGAAGAGGGUGGUUUCCCAACGUGCCUUAUGGUGGUGGACGGCCUGUGCGAAGCCGAAUACCAUCGACCCGAUUAUGGCGAUACAAUCAGCAGCUUCCUUGUUCGACACGCUCUCCAGUUCCCGCAUUGGCUGAAGGUGGUCGUCACCGUCCGCUCCGGAUUGCAGAACAUCACGCAGCUCUUGCCUUACGCUUCGAUUUCAUUGGAUGCAGCUGGUGCCGGCGACUGGCCAAACAAGGACCUGAUGGACUACACCUGCCAUCGCGUCAACAAUUGCCCAACGAUUCGAAGUAACGUGGCCAUGGCCGGUGUCAAAAGCUCUUCCGGUUCGGAAAUCUACGGCACGGUCGGCAAUGCGGGCGGCGGUUCGCAAGGCCAGGUGGCCCGUUUCGCUUCCCACCUGUCGGGCCUGUCUCGCGGCAAUUUCCUCCACGCCAAAAUGGCGCUCGAUUUGAUCGAACAGGGUCAUUUGGUGACCAAAUCGGCUUCGUUCAAAGUCCUGCCCGUCACGCUGUCGGAAAUCUUUUUGCUGAACUUCAAUUUGCGCUUCGCCAGCCUGAGGGCGUACGAACGCGUCCAGCCAAUCCUGUGCGUCUGCCUGGCCAGCCUCAACCCGAUGAGUUUGCUGGAGAUCUACCACUCGGUGAACGCGCUGCUCGGCGCCGAGCCGCUCACCUGGGAGGAAUUCAUGCAACGUGUUAAGCUGCUCAAGGGCCUCUUAGUCCAGCGUUCCGAUGACACUUACAUGCUUUUCCAUCCGUCGUUCCGGGAGUGGCUCGUCCGUCGCGAAGACGGCGAAAACACGAAAUUCUUGUGCGACCCUCGCGCCGGCCACGCGGCCAUCGCCUUGAGGCUGUCGCGAUUGGAGGCUCCCCUGGACGCUGAGAAGACGAUGGAAUUGGGCCAUCAUAUCCUUAAAGCUCAUUUGUACAAGAGCUGCGCACCAGAAAUGGCCGUCCCGCCGCGUGAUCUCCAGGCCGUUUGGGUGGCACUGAGCGCAGACGAUGUUUCCGCCUCGCUCGGGUCCAUGCGCAAUCUCUUUAGUCCCAACGUUAAGGUGUCUCGGCUGUUGCUUCUCGGUGGCGCUUCCGCCGACCACAUCACUGAACUGCGUGGAAACAGUCCGCUGUUGUGCCUCUACGCCCAGGAAGGUCUCACUGAAAUGGUCUCACUCCUCUUGGAAUUCGGAGCCAAUUGCAACGUCACCACCAACAGCGGAGUGUCGGCGCUGUCGUUGGCGGCCGAGCGCGGCCACUGCGACAUUGUGCGCAUGCUGGUGCAGAACGGCGCCCAGCUAAGCCAGGUGGAUAAUGGCGGCUCGUCGGCUCUGCUCUACGCCGCCCAAAUGGGCCAUCUCAACGCCGUCGGCUAUUUGCUGUCGUGCGAUUGGCCGGCCGACGGCUUCAGCGAUAACGAACUGACCCUCUCCGAAGCGGCGCAACAAGCUUUGAUCGUAGCCGCCGGACAGGGCCACGCUCAGGUCUUGGAAUUCUUACUGGACAUGGCGGAAGUGAGAGUCAAUUUGCCGGACAGUUUACGCGGACACACAGCUCUGACGGCCGCCGCCACAGCCGGCCAUCUUGACAUUUGUCGGAUCCUCAUUCGACGCGGCGCCAGUCCCGCUGUUACAAAUCUAAUGGAUGUGACUGCGUUGAUCUGCGCCGUGCAGGAGGGCCAUUGGGAAGUUGCCGAGUCGCUUUUACAGGAAUCGACGGCUUCUGUUGAUCAGACUGAUGGCGUAGGCCGUACAGCUCUGAUGGUGGCUGCAGCCGAAGGCCAUCUAGGUGUCAUGGAACUGCUGCUUACCAAAGGAGCUGACGUCAAGAAGACGGACAAAGAGGGUCUGACAGCUUUGAGCUGGGCCUGUCAUCAGGGCCAUCGUCACGCCGUCAUGACUUUACUGGACAAAGGGUCUAAUAUCAACGCCAUUGAUAAGAAUGGACGCACGCCGCUCGAUCUAGCGGCCACCUGCUCCGACCCGAAGAUUGUACAGAUACUCUUGGAGAAAGGUGCUAUCCUGGAACACGUGGAUUUGCACGGGAUGAGGCCGCUCGAUCGAGCCAUCAGCUGUCGCAAUACGCCCGUCGUUCAAGCCUUUUUACGUCGCGGUGCCAAACUUGGACCGGCCACCUGGGCUCUUGCCGCCGGCAAACACGACAUUUUGUUGAUUUUGAUGGGUAAACUGUUGGACGACGGUAACACGCUGUACAAGAAGCAACGACUGCAGGAAUCCACGCAGCGUUUCCAGUACGCCCUGAAAAAAUUCCCUCCGGCCGAAGAUUACGGCGGGGCUGAAUACCAGUCGGCCUUCCAGCACUUACGGAUUCAUUUGACUCUCAAUCUAGCUCGAUGCAAGCGCAAAAUGGGGGAUUCGAACGAAGCCAUUACGAUUGCGACAGAAGUUCUAACGUUGAAACCGGAUUCUUAUGAAGCGCUUUAUGUUCGGGCUAAGGCCAGGCGUGACGUUGGACAAACCGAACAGGCCCUAUCGGAUUUGAACGAGGCCAUCAAAGUAGCUCCUGCUGGCCGAGACGUACGAAAAGUUUUGUUGAAGGCAAUUGAAGAGACCGAAAGCGUCCAACGAUUGCCCGGAAAUGCUGGUGGCCUGACCUUAAUGGAGACGUCGUCAGAUACGAUCCAAGAUUGCUGCAGCAGCGGGGUCGGUUCUAGUUUGACCUCCGCUUCCGAACGAGGGUAAAGACUCGGUCAUUGCCAUGUCGUUUAUUUUGUUUUAUUUUUGUGCUUCUAGUGAAAAUAUUUUUACACGGGAAUUCUUUGACUUGAGUUCCCGUUUUCUUUGUACUUUGUAGAUUGUAAGUCGUGGUUUUAUUCGAAAACAAAUUGAUUUUUUUUUUUUUGUCUUCGUCCGCCUUGGCGUCGGAUCAAAUUCUCAGUAGACGCCUGCUAACCAAAAUUCAAUCCAUUUCUACUUAGAAAUAGUUCUUGAUCAUUAACUUAUUGGCGAUUCAAUCAAAUGACAGUAAAGAAAAAAAAAAAAAUGCAACGUUCAUAGAAACAAGACCGUUUAUGUAACCAUAAUGUUUUCACUAAGUGACACGUAAAAAGAAAAUCAAUAUAAAUCUUUAGAUAUACCGCUAA